AAGAGCGUCAAGAUUAAGAUCAAGGUUAGCGGUUGUUUUGUUGCUCAUGGUUCGUGUGACUACCUUGCGCGUAUGAUUGUUGCUGCUGCUGCUGCAAUAUCAGCGGGGUUGCACAUGCCCGGCAGGAGUGGUACUGCGUGGACCUACUCUGGGUUGAGUGUGAAGUAUCACUUGCAAGCUGCUUCUCCAUCAACCACACCAACAGUAGCUUCUCCAUCUUUCCAUGGAUAGAGGUCUGCAGCUUAGAAAUUAUUUGAGCACCUUUGGUUGGAAUUACAGCUUUUAUCAACUCCUGCUUCAGUAAGCUCCAUCCUGGGCCCGAUCUCUCCCUGUGUCUGUUGCCAGUCAACUCCUUGAAGGCACCUUUUUAAUCCCUCAAAAUCUGCUCUCCUAAAGUCAGGUAGGAAAUAGCCCCAGCAAACCCUGAGAUACCUGAACAAGAAUUUGGGGUGACUAGACCCAGUAGCACCACAGCACAUACCCAUGGAGGAGCAGGAACACACUUAUCUUCGACCGAUGGAGCUGUUUCACACACGAGAGAUGGUAACUGUGUGUGCACCAAUGGUACGCUACUCAAAACUGGCAUUCAGGAGCCUUGUGCGUAUGUAUGGCUGUGACCUUUGUUACACACCCAUGAUAACCUCGGACACCUUUCUUAGGGCAGUCCAAGCAAGGCAUAGUGACUUCACCACGUCCAAAGAGGACCGGCCACUGAUUGUCCAGUUUGCAGCCAAGCAGGGGGAGGACUGGGCUAGAGCAACGGAACUGGUUUCCCAGUACUGUGAUGGAGUGGACCUUAACUGUGGGUGUCCUCAGCGCUGGGCCAUGGCUGAGGGCUACGGGGCCUGUCUUAUACACAAGCCACAUCUGGUCUCGGACAUGGUGAGGCAAACCAGAGGUACUGUGUCCCAGCCGGAGUUCACUGUCUCUGUCAAAAUUAGGAUACAUGAUGAUUUAAGUCACAUGUACAUGAGUAUAACGACAUACACAGUCACCCUUUGCUGUACACACUCACACACACACAGGCGCACAGUGGAUUUCGCACAGCAGAUGGAGGCAGCUGGUGUGUCUUUCAUCGCCAUUCAUGGGCGCACUCAGAAGCAGAGGAGUGAGCCAGUGUGCACGGAGACAAUAGCAGCAGUGAAGGCAGCUGUGAGCAUUCCUGUGGUCGCCAAUGGUGGAGUGCGCUCACUGGAGGAGGCGUGUGUGCUGAAGGAGGUCACUGGUGCUGAUGGUAUCAUGACAGCAAGAGGAAUCCUAGAAAACCCAGCUCUGUAUGCUGGACAUACCCAUACUCCGCUGGAAUGUGUGCGUGAGUGGGUGCAUCUGGCUCUGUCCACUGGCACGCCUUUCACCUGCUUCCACCAUCACCUCAUCUACAUGCUGGAGCACACACUGACCAGAGCUGAACGCAGAUACUUCAACAUCCUCACCAGUACAACAGGUGUUCUGGCUUACCUGUCCGACCGAUUCAUGCUGGACCUCUGAGUGGUUACCAGUGUUACUGAAUGCUGCACCAGAGGUCGGAGUCCCGCAUCACUCAUGACCAGUGCAUCAUCAAACAGGUGAGCAGCAUUACCAGCACCAGCCAGACCCAAUCAUAUUAUGACAGCACAGAAUUUCUUAUAUAAUUUUGAUACAAAAAAAAGUUGUAGACUUUCUUCUUAUGUAAGAAGGCCACUGGCCAAGGGGAAUAAAAAUUUCUUUAAAAAAAUGCCCUCUCCAAAACCAGCUCCCAAAGUAAGAUGAAAUAGAAUGAUCAAAUAACAGGAUAAUUGCCUUGAAACUCUUGAGAGUCCAAGUCAUAGGAAGGAGGAAAUACUGAUACAUGAAGGGAAUUCCAGAGUUUACCAGAGAAAGGGAUAAAUGACUGAGAAUACUGGUUAACUUUUCCAUCAGAGAGAUGGACAGAACAGGGGUGAAGGAAAGAAGAGUCUUAUGCAGUGAGUCCGAGGGUGGAGGAGAAGCAUAGAGUUAUCAAAAUCAGAAGAGCAGUUAGCAUGAAAAUAGCAGAAGAUAAGCAAGAGAUGCAACAUUACAGUACUGAGAGAGAGACUGAAUACAGUUAGAGGAGAGGAGUUGAUAUGACAAAAAGCUUUUCAUUCCAUUAUCUAAAAGAGCAGUAUGAGUGGAACCCCCCCCCAUACAUGUGAAGCAUACUCCAUACAUGGACUGAUAAGGCCCAAUUACAGUGUUAACAGCUUGGGCAGUGAGAAAAAUUGGCAGAGAUACUCAUAACAUCUAACUUCAUAAAAGCUGUUUUAGCUAGAGAUGAAAUGUGAAGUUUCCAGUAUAGAUUAUAAGUAAGUAUCAGACAUUGAAUGUGCAGUGUAAAAGAGGGGAACAGUUGAGUGUCAUUGGAGAAGAGAGGAUAGUUAUCUGGAAGGUUGUGUCCAGUUGAUAGAUGGAUGAAUUGAGUUUUUUGAGGUAUUGAACAAUACUAAGUUUGCUCUGCCCCAAUCAGAAAUUUUAGAGAAGUCAGGCAUUCAGUGGGUUCCCUCCAUAAGAUGUUUACUUCUUGAACAGUUAGACAUCUUCAAAAAGUCAUGGAAAACUGCAGGGUGGUAUCAUCAAUGGAGGAGUGGAUAGGACAGGAAGUUUGGUUCAGCAGAUCAUUGAUGAAUAAUAGGAAGAGAGUGGCUGACAGGACAGAACCCUGAGGAACACCACUGUCAAUAGAUUUAGGAGAACAGUGACUGUCUACCACAGCAGCAAUAGAAUGGUCAGAAAGGAAACUUGAGAUGAAAUUAUAGACAUAAGGAUAGAAGCUGUAGGAGGGUGGUUUGGAAAUCAAGGAUUUGUGCCAGACUCUAUCAAAAACUUUUGAUAUGUUUAAGGCAAGAGCAAAAGUUUCACCAAAAUCCCUAUAAGAGGAUGAUUAAGAGUCAGUAAGAAAAGCCAGAUCAGUAAAGCUAUCUCAGCAGAACCAAUACUAGUGAUCAGAUAGAAGGUUGUGAAGUGAUAGAUGUUUAAAAAUCUUCCUGUUGAGGAUAAAGGAUAGAGGCAGAAAAUUAAAGUAUGUAGUAGGACAUUAAUUUGAGAAAUUAGACCAGUCACCUUUUUUUAUGAACAGACUAAAUGUAGACAAACUUCCAGCAAGAAGGAAAGGUAGAUAUUGGUAGAAUUGAAAAGAUUUAGAUUAAGCAAGGCACUACCAUGGAGGCACAGUUUCAGAGAACAAUAGGAAGGACCCCAUCAGGUCCAUAAGCUUUUCAAGGGUUAAGGCCAGUGAGGGCAUGGAAAAUAUCAGUGAAGGAUCUUAAUAAGUAGGAUGAAGUAGUCAGAGUGUGGAGGAAAGGGAAGAACAAGCCCUGAAUCAUCUAAGGGAGAGUUUUAAAGCAAAUGUUUGAGUGAAGACUUCAGCUUCAGAAAUAGAUAAGAUGGCAGUGGUGCCAUCAGGUUGAAGUAAAGGAAGGAAAGAUGAAGAAGCAAAAUUAUUGGAGGUGUUUUUGGCUAGGUGCCCUAAAUCACAAGGGAAGUUAGAUCUUGAAAGAUAUUGACACUUUAUUAAUGAAGGAGUUAUUGGUUAGUUGGAGAACAGACUUGACAUGAUUCUGGACAGAAUUAUAAAGUGCAUGAGAUUCAGAUGACAAAAGACUCAGGUACCUUUUAUGGGCAACCUCUAUUGUGUAUAGUAUGAGGACAGGCUGUGUUAAACCAAGGUUUGGAAGGUUUAAGUCGAAAGAAGGAGUGAGAAAUAUGUGCCUCCUUGCUGAGCACUGUCAUCUCUGUUAUGCACUCAGCACAGAGAUGGGUCUCUGACUCGGAAGCAGUAGUCAUUUCAAGGAAUAUCUGAAUAAUACCUCCUCAAAUCCUACCAUUUAGCAGAGGCAAAAUGCCAGAGAUACCUCUGCUUUUUGGGAACCUGACUGGAGUGAUAGGACAAGAUACAGAUAUGAGAUUGUGAUCGGAGGAGCCCAAUGGAGAAGAUAGGGUGAUAGCAUAAGCAGGAGGAUUAGAGGUUAGGAAAAGGUAAGAAAUGAUGACUGUCGAAAUGGGACAUUUCCUUGCUAGGAAUCUUGAAAAGAGAAGGCCAAGAAAAAGACAACCCGUCUGUGUAGUGCGCUUCUAAUGUCUCUCUCAACACUUCACAAAACCCGCACAACAUCAUGUUGUGCUACAGUUCACAUCAGCUUCAUGUGUUUACCCAAAAUACAGAAAUAAAUAUAACAAUGUCCUUUUACCCCUAGAAAUACUCACUUAAGACAUUAUAAAUGGUACAAUAAAUGUCAAUACCAAAGCUGAAGAAAUGUUGGAACCUGAAAGGAAAACGGCGUCAGCUGAUUCUAUCUAAGGCCUAACUAAGCUAAACGGAAGCCAAAUAUACUAAUGACUAUAUAAUAUUCGACAUCCUCCCCACCAUAAGGGGCGAAGCAACUUAUCCAAACAAAUACCUCGUACAAUAAGUAUCUAACAUCAUACCAUAUCAUACCAUAACCCAAUAGUUCCCAUAAACAAACACAACACAUGACCUACCACCAUACAUAAUAAAUGUACAACUUAUAAAUCUAAUCUGUGAGGCCUUUUAACGAGCCGACCCCUUGAAGUAUAAACAGCUACCUCCUCCUCCUCCUCCUCCUCCUCAGGAUCACAAUCUUGUACAGAGUCAUCAUUAGCUACACUUGAAGUUACAUCAUCUUGUACUGCCUGAUCAUGAAGUACUGGUUGAGGAGUUAUCACAUCAGUGUCUAAAUGAGGAUUUAUCUCUAAAUCAUGCAGGGUUUGAAUAGUCCGGUUGAAAAUGCCUUUUCCUGUCUUAACAUCAACACUGCGAAUCACACCGUCUCUACCGGGAUACACAUUAACAAUCACACCCAUGGGCCACCGUUGUCUGGGUACAUUGUCUCCUCUAAUGAGUACAACACUACCAACAUCCACUUUACAUUUCUGGUUGAAACCUUUUACUACAGGGGGCAAAUUAGCUAUAUAAUCUUCUCUCCACACCUUCCAAAAAUGUUCCAACCUCUGAUUUCUUAUAUUCUUUCUAAUGUACAAGUCUUCAGGGCUUAUAAUAGGGGAUUCAUCAACAUCAGAAGGUGUACAUGUGCUGUUCCUACCAAGAAUAAAGUGUGAUGGAGUUAGAUAAUGAUCAAAAUCUGGGUCAUCACUCACAAAGGUCAAUGGUCGAGAGUUAAUGCACGACUCAAUUUCUAUAAGAAUUGUUUCUAACUCAGACUGGCUUACAUACUUAACUCCCAAAGACUUCCUUAAAGCUAGCUUGACUGAACCAAUGAGCCUCUCAAACCACCCGCCCCACCAUGGGGACCUUGGUACAUUAAACUUCCACCUUGGGGCUAGAUGACCAAACACCUUCUGUACUUCUGUGGAGGCUGCAACAAAUGUUUUUGCAUUGUCGGAAUAGAAAACAUUAGGAAUCCCUCUACGAGCAACAAAUCUCCUUAUGGCCCGCAUACAAUCGACCAAUGACAUGGACUCUGUGAGUUCUAGAUGUACAGCUCUAAUAACAGCACAGGUAAAAAGUAACACAUACAAUUUUUUCCCUGGAUGAUCAGCACUAAAUAAAGGGCCAGUGAAAUCUAAACCUGUAACUGCAAACGGAGGUGCAGGGUUGACUCGCAGGUCAGGUAAAGGGGCAACAGGUUGACUGCAAGGACGGCUGUCGUGCCUCCGACAACUCAAACACUCUCUAACCACCGUCUUUGCCAUUCUUCUUAACCCAAUCACCCAAAAACUAGUUCUUAAUGAUGACACAAUGCUGUUUACACCUGCAUGCUUCAUGAACUUAUGUUGAAAUUGUACUAACAACUUAGAAAAGUGACCCUUAGGAAGAAUGAUGGGAUGUUUUGAGUUAUAACCCAGACUAGAAAAUUGUAAUCUACCCUUGAUUCUUAGAAUACCCUCUUGAUCAAGAAAUGGGUUUAAUUUGCUUAGCUUGGAAUGCUUAGGAAGAGACCGCUCACUGGAUAUGGCUUUGAUUUCAUCUGGGAAGGCUUGUCUCUGCUCUACAUAGAUUAAUUUUAAUUCGGCAAACUCUAGUUCUUCAGUUGUAAAUCUACAAGUUU